CCUGAUCACUGCAAGAAUCGAUCACAUAGAGCGCACUCACCUUGAUCCUUUGCACAAACUGAUUCUCCUUCAGGGCACCAAUCUGCAUUUCCAUCCCAACAGCUUUGCUGUGGUUCAUUUGUCAGCAACGACUCGAUGACAUGGCCAUGGUCGUGGUUUACGCUUGAGGUCUUGUCAAGGAAUCAGACACACGCCGGAUAGCUUGAGAUCUGUUUAUGUGCAGUUACCAAAUCGACUAACUCGAGAAACAACGCUCUCUGGCCAAUAAAUGCCAGAGAAGUGACAGGAUCUCAACAUGUACCACUUCAAUAGUACCCCAGUGGCGACCCCAAGUCUCUCAGGUGCCACUCAUCCACAUAUUCCAGAUUCCCACAAGGCCAAAUUGGAGAAACGACAAAUCACAAGAAAUCGCGCUAGCUAUAGCUGUGCGACAUGUCGCCGGCGCAAGGUCAAAUGCGACAAAGUCCACCCAAUUUGCGGGGGGUGCGAGAAGGCUGGUGAGCAGUGCGUAUAUGCAUCUGCCGAAGGCGACGCACAAAAGACAGAUGCUUCAAAGCAACGUCAAUCACAUGGAGAAGAGCCGAAGAAGAGAAAAACGGUUUCUGGUGCCACUGCUCUACCUCCUUCUCCCGAAAACUCUCAGCAUGAGCAGUCGUCAUCUCCAGCGCAUAUCCAUGCUAUCGAAGCCCAGCUCAAACGUCUGACUGCCUUGGUCGAGACUCUGAAGCGUGAUGCUAAUCACGAACCCGGGCACUUCGAUGGUCGUCUAACUCCCGCGUCAUCCUUGCCUUCCACUUCCGAGGCUGACUCGGAUGAUUAUCAUCAGCUAUCAAAGUUGGGCCUGGGUAUGUUCCAACCAGAUGUGACUGGCUUAAGCAAGCCGCUCUCAUCUCUGAUGAUUCACAACGACGGUAGUCCCAUCCAAGAGGAUCCUUUCUGGACUCAUAUUUCGGGAGAGGUCAAUGAAUUGAACCAAAUGAUGCACCGCCAGAACAAUUCUUACUUGGUUGCGGGGGGCGUCAAGAAUCAGAGUUGCCCGGCCACAGUGUCGGAGACCUUGGCUGCAAUUCAUCCCUUUGCCAAUAAGGACGAUUUGUUUGAGCCCAACGGUUUCCACAAUCUAGCGGGUGUCCCGUCGUACUCAGUUCAUAACCUCGACAGUAAUUGUCCCGAAUGUCGCCAUUUACCAUUCGCCAAGUCGACUCUCCUGCAGGAUAUCCCCCUCCAGUCGUUACCCAGUACGGCCAAAGGACACUUGUUAGAUCAUGGCCCGACGCGUGUCCAAAGUAAUGUCCUACUCCGCUGCUGGCUUUCAAAUGUCCAUCCGUUGCUGCCUGUGCUCGUUCCAACAGAUAUCAAGUCCAUUCAUGAGCAUUUCUGGGACCGUGUUCAUCCAGACCCAGAUGCAUAUUCAAAUUAUCCCGAUCUUGGCCCAGCAGCCUUGAUAUUCGCCAUUUGGUACACCGGCGUGCUUAGUAUCUCCGAAUCAGGCUUGAAGAAAUGGUUCCCAAAUACAUCAAGAGCAAAGUUGAGUGCCAUUUUUCACGAUAAGGUGAUCCUGGCUCUGCAUCUAUCUUGUUUCUCACGAAACACAAAUCUUCAGACCUUGGCAGCCUAUCUCAUCAUCUGCUCGAUACCUGUGGCAGAAGAGGAUCCCGUCCAGAGCAGUCUCUAUAUGCAAUUACUAGUGCGUCUAGCGCUAUCCAUGGGUCUGCAUCGAGAGCCGAGUUUGUUCAACAUGUCUCCAGCAGAAGAGGGCUUGCGUAGGCGGCUUUGGUGGCAGAUCAUCCAACUCGACAUUUCCCAUGUUGUUGCGAGUGGAUACCCUUCGCUGAUUUCGGACGCCUUUUGCGACACUCGAAUCAGCUGCGAAGACAACGAGAAAUCUUCCACCGAAGAUUCCUCUCGCAGAUCACAGUCUUCUGAUGCUUCAAGCCCGGCUCCCCUGCAUCGUAACGAGAUCUACAAAAUCUUCUCUCUGGUUGCAAAAGGACGGUCGAUCAUCUCAUGCGCUACGAGAACAGUAGCUUCAAUGCACAUGGUUACAAGACCACUGACCAAUGAAGAUAUGCAGGAGAUCAAGACGAUCAUUGGCGCGGUUCGAGCGCAGGUAGAAAAGAUCAUCCAUCAAAUCCCCGCCAAAGGCCUUCCAGAAUCAGGCUUUGUUCCGCAUGAUAGCCAUCGCCAACCGGGGCGAAAGCGUGAUACAGACGCGUGCAUGGGUGUGGCCGUUGACGAUGGUGAGCUUGCAUUUUACACAAGUCUGGUCGAAAACCCCAAUGCACCAACUCCUUUUGAGGCUUAUCAUCGCCAAAGAUUGGCAGCAUUUUACAAGUGGGCAAGAAUUACCUUGUCGAUGGGUUCGGAGAAACUGAACUGCGCUGCAUAUGUUCCCUUUUUGAAAAACAUAAAAAGCAAAGUAUGGAAUGUUGCCAGGCAGUGUGCACUACGGGUAUCUCAGAGCUUUUUGAGAAAAUUGGUAUCGCUUGCAGAGGAUCCAGAUUUGGAACAAUUCCGCUGGAGUUGGCUCUUGACUCAUGGCCCUGUACAACCGGCCAUGAUUGUGCUUGUCGAUGUCUAUGAGCGGCCGCACUCUAUCGAGGCAGCCAGGUCACGCGAAUUGAUAGACCAGGUAUUCUCAUGGUCUAACCCAGAGCGUGGAAUCGUUGGCGGGCCCAAUGGAGUCACUGUCCAAAGGCCGCUUCGAGAAGGAGGCGUUGAAGCCUGGGACAUGCUUCGAGGUCUACGAUCUGCUGCGUGGCAAAAGGCAGGCCUUGAGCCGAGAGUCCUCUGGACCGAGGCCGAUCAGAUCGAGAUCGGUGUUGCGAAGCCGUUGACGGAGACCGAGAAGAUCGCUCAAAGUAUUCGAGAAGACUCUUUCCGCGACUCGGCACAUGGUCAUGUUCACUUUGAGCCGGCCUCGGCGAGCGCAUCCACCCAGGCCACUAAUUUGCCGAAUCUCCAUCCAUCGAUGAAUCCCACCGAGGACGAACCCCUUCACGAGCCUGAUUCAGGACAAUAUGUCAGCUCAAGAGCUCAAAGAAACCAUUUCCUCCAUCAGAUUGAGAACGACCAGACACUGGAUCCCAAGCGAGGGCUUGCUAGACUUGCUCAUCAACAAAGAAUGCCAUUCCCGCUGAGUGGGAAGAUGGAAGCAUGUUCGGGACACGCAUCAAACCACGAAGCUGCUGGCGCACACCUGAUAGUGCUCAAUGAACAUGUGCCACGUCCGUCGCGAAUACCUGUUGCGCCAGACACGCUUUGGCAGUCCAAUCAGCCAGUCCAGAGUGGACAUUCGCAGCCAGUUCCCCAAGCCAGCGGACUGUCGAAGCGAGAAGGUGUCCAGACUGAAAUUAACUCUACCAUUCCCACGAACCAUGGCGCCGUCAAUCGUUCCACGUCCCUGGAUGAACCCAUCAAGCCUGUAGUCAACUCUCGGCUAGAAUCCAACGCUCCAGCUCCACAGUCGGAUGCGUCGAUCCUUGAUUUAGGCUUUGACUGGGAGAGAUGGGAUUCGGUCUUUGGACAGUAUUCAGGAUUUACCGAGAUUAUGGAAGAUGUUCAAUGGAAUGAAUGAAUGAGGAAAGCGACUAAUCGAUGAUGAACAGGUGGCUGGCGAUUAUCGUUGAUGUCUGGAUUUAGUGAUGUCUAUCUAUCACCGAAUCCCCACCAACGAAACUAAUGGGGUUCCUGCUUCGGAAUCACAACGGACCGAGAAAUUCCGCGUCCGCACUCGCAAUCUGGACCAACGCAACCAUGCUAACACUUGUUGUCCGUCAGUCAUGUUGGCUUGUUUCUGUGUCUUGCUUUCGGUUGAAAGGCGGCUGAAAGUAAAUUGCGAUUUAAAUGAUCAAGCAAUUAUGUGACUAAGUAUCGGGACCUCCCUCAUGUUACCAUUGGGUAUCCUCAUUUUGUCGUGAAUUGAGACUCUGUAGCUAACCAUGUCUCAAAGUUCUUCAAGCCUGGAUACUGUUUCUUCAGAGCUGGGAUAUCCACGCCAUAGCCAUCUGUUUCGAACCACUUAUACAUAUCAU